ACUGACACUGAGCACUCGCGGGUUUUUUUCUAGCAUACACAGUAACUGAAGAUCUGUUGAGAAAUUUCGAAGUGUUUCUGCCCUGAUACAGUGGUACAACAGGAUGAUCUCUCAGCGCCAGUUAAGAGUGGUGUGUGAAACUUGUUGUGUAACCCAAAGCAGCAGCUAAGAAUUCAUUUGUGCCUUCCCCAUGAGACAGGCCUCCACUGUGCCAAAACUAUUAAGUCUAGAACCUCUACAGACUAGAGAGGUUCCUCAUAGCCACUGUACGUCGGAGCAGCUCUUUUCUCCAAUGGACGUCUUCAAGAUCAAUAUCAGUAUCAUCUUCAAGAUCAAGCCUGAAAAUCUGUUCUUGUGGCUUUUGGUGCUUCUCCCUGAUGUUUUGGCUUCUGCCACUGAUAAAAUGGCAGAAGGAAGGGCUGUAGAGCUAAUGAAGCAAGCCCGUUUAAUCGAUGGGCACAACGACCUUGCACUGCAGCUGAGGAUACAGUACCAAAACAAAAUCAGUAGAAUCAACUUAAUGAACCUUCCCACCACACACACAAACAUUCAGAAGCUUCAAUCUGGAUAUGUAGGAGCUCAGUUUUGGUCAGCAUAUGUUCUUUGUAGUGCUCAGAACAAGGAUGCUGUGCGGCUUACUUUAGAACAGAUUGAUGUUAUCAAGAGGAUGUGUAGCGAAUACGAAGAACUUGAAUUUGUUACAACCUCCCAAGGUAUUGUGGACAGUAAAAAGAUAGCAUGCUUGAUUGGAAUAGAGGGUGGUCAUUCCAUUGACAGCAGUCUGGCAAUGCUGAGGGUGUAUUAUGACCUUGGUGUUCGGUACAUGAGUUUAACACACACCUGCAAUACUCCAUGGUCAGAAACUUCAUCAAAGCAGCUUUAUAGCUUUUAUCCCCAUAUUGAUGGUCUGAGCAAAUUUGGCAAAGAGGUAGUGAAGGAGAUGAACCGCCUGGGGAUGAUGAUAGAUUUAUCCCAUACCUCAGACUCUACAGCAAGAGCAGCUCUCAACAUUUCUAAAGCACCAGUCAUUUUCAGUCAUUCUUCUGCCUUCUCUGUUUGUAAUCACCCAAGAAACGUUCCUGAUGAUAUUCUUCAAAGUCUGGAAAAGAACAAUGGAAUUGUGAUGGUGACCUUCCAGACUCAAGCACUGGCCUGUGGCACUGACAACGUGAAUGUUUCUACUGUAGCAGAUCAUUUUGACCACAUAAAGAAAAUUGCAGGUUCAAAAUCAAUAGGAAUUGGUGGCGACUACGAUGGAGCGCAGAGUUUCCCUAAGGGUCUGGAAGAUGUUUCAAAAUACCCUGCUUUGAUUGAAGAGCUUCUCAGAAGAGGAUGGAACGAGGCAGAACUGAAAGGGAUUUUAAGGGAAAACUUUCUCCGUGUUUUCAAGGAGGUGGAAAAAGUGCAGAGAGACAGUAGAUCAAUGAGUGUGAAUGAAGAUGAAAUACAACCAAAAGAAGUACAAAAUUCCUGUCGUCUGGACUUAACAUAUAGACCGCAUAAACCUACUCCAUUGGAAGCCCAGCCAGUUAGCGCUUCGUCUGGAAUUCCUUCUGUGUUGUGGUCAUCUUCUUGUCUAAUGUUCCUUAGUCUAAUAUGUAUGAUAAUAUAUUAAGAGUUAUAAAAUAUCACAGUUCAAAGAGUUUUUGAAUAUUCCACAGAAUACAGAUAUACUUUGCAGAAUUAGGUUCCUCGCUAGCACUCUUCCUACCCCAAGCAAAGAUGAGGGUUUGCAAAAGAACUGGGGACAUACAGAGCUGGCUGCAGCAAGCAGCUGCACAAGAACCAAUGAAAUGGUUUAGUAGCUGUUUGAUGUAGCUUUUAUUUAAUAGUUUAUACUCCCCCAAUCAAAGACAUUUGCAGAUAAUGACAACUCACAAAACUGGACUCUAAAAAAAAAAAAAAAAGAAAUAUUGUGCGUCUCAGAGAAAAAAUUAUGAAUUGGCAACAUUGUAAGAUUGCUUUGUUGACGUGCGCAGUCCUAUAAAUAUCUGUUAUCCGUCAUAUCUGCUUUUUAUUAUGGCUUGUUUAUAUAGCUGCUCCAGUCUGGUUGCUAGAUAUUCCACAGUUUGGUUGAAUUAUAGUAUCAAGCAAAGGUCUGCAACUGGAGAACUGUCUUUAUAACAAACACAUUUAAUAAUUAUAAAGAGGAAGCUGAUAAUUACUGAAAUGCAAACAGCAAAUAAAAUAUUUCCUAGUUCAGAGUAAAGCUCCUCUGCAGGACAUGUACAAAUGGGAUGCUGGACCUAGACAAAGUUCUUUAGUACAGCUUUAAUACAAACCUCUCUGGAGUGCAUAUCUGUUUUAGCAUUUCUGCUUAGACAUAAAAGUCUGCACAAGUAUGCAGCUAAAGCCAUAUAUCCUACAACCUAUAUCCCUGAAGGCAUAUAUUGCAUUUCCAGCUCUGCUACUGAAUUUGUGGUUAUGUUAAAGUCACUCUAUUUGUCUUCUCUUUAAGAUACUCAAAAUAGUUGUUUCAUUUUCUAUAUAACUUUGAAAUUAUAAAAUGCUUCAUAGGAUUUCACCCUCUCUUCUUCCUUUCAUAUGUGAUUUUUAUUCACUUAUUAAGGACUGUGCACACUGCAGUACUGUAUUCAGAAUGCAUUCCCAUUCCUAUUCAAAAAUUGGCCCAGUAGCACUUCUGGCAUAAAUUUGAUACUGUCUUUUCAGAUAUCUGUAGUUUAUUUGCUUGCUUUUGCCACAGUGUAUAGCCUUUGGUGAUGCCUGCUAUGUGCAGUAAAUAAUCCUGCUGCAAAUUUGUAUACAGAAGCAAAAUAUAUAGAUGAAAAAUUAAAUAAAAUGUGAUUACAUUAAGA